AUGUACUCUGGAAAGGGAGGGAGCUGCUGUCACCAUGUUGUUGGUCGCCACCCGCUCAGGGCCCUUUUGCGCCCGUCCUGUCGGCCACUAGUGCAGGCCACGGUGCCCGCCACCUCGGAGUCGCCAGUGCUGGACGUGAAGCAGUCCUUCCUGUGCUGGGAGUCGCCGAGUGGUCAGGCCACGCAGCAGCUUUUUGUCGCCUCCGUGGGCCUCAAUGUCCCUGCUUCUGUUCGAUAUUCCCAUACGAACGUCCAAGUGCCUGACUUCUCUGACUAUCGUCGUGCUCAAGUGUUAGAUAGUACAAAGUCUUCAAAAGAGAGCAGUGAGGCUACAAAAGGUUUCUCCUAUUUGGUAACUGCAACAACUACCGUGGGUGUCGCGUAUGCUGCCAAGAAUGUCGUUUCUCAGUUCGUUUCCAGCAUGAGUGCUUCUGCUGAUGUGUUGGCCAUGUCCAAAACCGGAAUCAAGUUACCCGAUAUUCCAGAGGGCAAGAACAUGGCUUUCAAAUGGAGAGGCCAACGCCUGUUUGUGCGCCACAGAACCAAGAAGGAAACUGACCAGAAAGCUGCAGUUGAAGGACUUCAGUUGAGGGACUCACAGCAUGAUUUAGAACGAGUAAAGAAACCUGAAUGGUUUGUCUUGAUAGGUGUUUGCACUCAUCUUGGUUGUGUACCCAUUGCAAAUGCAGGAGAUUUUGGUGGUUAUUAUUGCCCUUGCCGUGGGUCACACUAUGAUGCAUCUGGCAGGAUCAGGAAGGGGUCUGCACCUCUCAACCUUGAAGUUCCCUCAUAUGAGUUCACCAGUGAUGAUAUAGUGAUUGUUGAUUAG